AAGAUGCUUCCAGGAGCAGGAUUGUUUCAUUUCCCAUGGGAAGUAAGCAAGGGAGAAAUGGAAGAGGGGGCAGCAGUCCGGACAUUUGGUAGGUUAGUUCGUUAUGAUUCAGAUUCCUCUGAAGCCAUCUUGUCAUCUCUGCAUGGUGCAGUGCAAUGUCAGGUCCUCGUUUGUACCUCCUUUGUGGAACCUUUCCAUGUCUGUAUUGGAGCCCACUAUAUUGUACUUGGCGAGAUUGAGAAAAAAGAAGGCCCCAUUCCAGUUCAAGUGCGUGCUCGUGUCCUGACUUGUGUAGACGGAAUCAACCUUUCCCUUCUGGAACACGCUGUACAAGAACAGAGGAAAUAUUUUAGUCAUAGAGAGGUUCGAAAAUGAAAUCUGACUGAUAUUUUUUUGAAUGUUCUGUGUGAAUUGGUUACUGUCCAGCGAUGAUGAAAUGAUGAAUAACUGAAAAGCAUGGCAUUACAUCAUGCUGUUGCAACUAAUUACAGACACUGCAAACAGCAAAGCAGCUCUGGCAUGCAUUUUGAGCACUGUUGCAGCAAGGGUAAAGAAGGGAGAAGUUUUUAGUUGCCAGUAGCACUACAGUGGGACUUUAUCAUGAACAUCAUUACACUCUGGAAGCAUUCAGACCUCAGUUUCAAGGGUCUGUUCAAAUGUUCACACUUAAACUGCAGUUGCAGUCUGUUACUGCAUUAGAAAAUAGAGACCAGAGAUCUUGAUUUUUAUGGUUACCAGUGAGAUCUUGAUAUAAUAAUUACCAAAGUCAUAAUUUUCUUUCUGUACCAUAGCUGCUGUUUGAGUUAUACUUUGUUUAAACGUGCUUAACAGUAAACCUGCAGAUGUGAUUCCGAGGAGUCAAAAAUGUAACCAUUAUUCAAGUAAUUCUUGAGUUACUUGGAGUAACAUUUUUGCUGUAUGUUAUGUAUGUUUUUUUUUUUCACUUUUUAGGAUUGUGAAUUAUCUAGAACUUUGUCUGUGGCAUGUUAAGUUCAUAAUUGAAGAUUCAGUGUUGAACAAAAGGGUUGAUCAAAAACACUGAUUCCGUAAAGCAUAGGUUAAAAGUAUGUCCAUGUGCUCUUAAAUGGAUUACAUCUGAAAAGUUUUAGGUUUUAGCUGUUGGUAGAAGUGCUGCAUCAUACUGGUUAUAGCAUGUUUAUAAAAUCCAAGUAAUUGUGAAAAGCUUUGCCUAUUCAAAGUAAUUUUGCAAACUAAUUCAUAAAAAGUAGUAUUCUAAGUAUUUUUCAGGAGACUCCAAAAGGUGAAUAAAAGCAGCAGUAAAUCAA